AUUUCGACGAAAUCGUUGAGAAGUUGCGAGAUGACCUAAUGGAUACUGAGGAGAAAAUAUGUUCUGUCCUCGAUGACAUGAUUGCUGAAAUGCAAAGUAAAAGCUCUACUAUGCGUAUCAAAUCACGGCUAAUUCAAGAUAGACAAUCGUCCAGAAAUGUCUCCCAGGGCUCUCGGCUACAUAGACCGCUUAGAGUUAACGAAGAACGAGGUCGGUAUCUUAUUUGACAAGAUUGUAGAAAUACUGAAGGGUUUCUUUACCCUACAACGGACGAACUCAUGCGAAUACAAUGUGGAAACGAGUUAUCUGAAAGAGGGUAUGGACAAAUUGUAUAAUUCAAGCAACCGGGCGCGUCCAGAAACCCGUAGUAAGACCUUGCAUAGUGUACGGUGUCAGGUCUUCAGGGAAGGACUAUGCGAUGCGGUUAGGAGUCCAUACAUGGGCAUCUACACUAAUCUAGAAAUGGCUUGUAACUCGGAGAAGGAAAGGAUCAACAACCUCAUCACAGGAGAUCUCAGAAAAGUGUUCGCCCAACUGUCCGCCAAUCUUGAGAAUAUGCGACCAACACACAACUGCCAUGAGUCUCGGACCACGGCCAAAAUGGAAGAUACACUUCAACAGUUGAAGAAGUUAAAGGAAAAGAAUUUGUCCAUGCACAACGAUCUCCUCGUGGAGAGUUGGUAUGGAUCUUAGCAGUUAAUCAGGAGCUGCCAUGUAGAGUUACGACUCGCUUAUAGUCGAGGCUUCAGAUGUAUCUCAUCGCUGGGAGGGAUUGAACCAAAAUCAGUUCUCUAAGACCAUGCAUCUGUCCAUAAUGGAACUCGCAGUUGCCGACUACGUCUCGGCGACAGCUUAUAUACUCUACAACACAGUUCACAUAUAUAUCCUACAAAUCAAGGAUUCCUUGUCUCCAUC